AUGCAAUAAAAAUAGAGGGGCGUGGCCAAAGAGAAGAUGUCUUCUGUAUGCUACACGUGGGUGAGGAAAGGCCUGGACAUUGCCCGUCUUCCCAGGGUAAAGCUUAACAACAUUCAAGAUCUUCCAGGGGCAAAAAAGAAGGCAGUCCGUGUUGGUCGAGGUCCUGGAUCUGGUAGAGGCAAAACAUGUGGACGUGGUCACAAAGGUCAGGGACAACGUAACAAAAAUGCUAUCAGGGUUGGAUUUGAAGGGGGACAAACACCGUUUUAUCUUAGAGUUCCCAAGCAUGGAUUCAAAAACAAAUUCCAGAUCAAGUACGAACCCCUGAACCUAAACAGACUUCAGUACCUUAUAGACUCGGGCAGGAUAGAUGCCUCAAAGCCCAUCAACAUGCACACUCUUUAUUGGUCUGGAGCUAUAGGAAAGAUCGAGCACGGAGUCAAGUUGUUGGCAGAUGGCUCUGAGUGGUUCAAAUCUAAAGUGGACAUUGAAGUGAGUCGAGCAUCCGAGAAAGCCAUUGAGACGAUCGAGAAACACGGUGGAACAAUAGUGACUUCAUACUACAACAAGCUUGGGUUGAGAGUCCUGCUUAAACCGUGGAAAUUUGAUGACAACAGAAUGCCAAGAAGAGCACUGCCUAAGAAGAAAAUCAUGCCUUACUAUCUCAACUCAGAAAACAGGGGUUACCUUGCUGUGACAGAAGAAGGUAAAGAGCGUCUGAAGAAAGGUGGCAUGGAAGGAGCCUACCUCGGUCCUGAUAGUAUGGUCCACAUCCCAGGGAAAAAAGUCACAUUGUAUUCAGAAGAAUCACCAACUUUUGUGGAAAUGAAACAGAGAGAAGCUGGUGCAGAAACUGAAGUGUAGAAGCGCUCUGUGUAAUAAUUAUAAUUAUUGAUCCUAACUCAUUCAUUCACUAAAACUGUGCAUAUUGAUAAUCUGUGUGCAACUCAGUAUAAUUAUACUCCAAAUCGG